UAUAAGCGAGACAUAAGCCAGGCGGAUGAACAAGAGUCUGAAUUAAUGGAUAUCAAUUCAAGUCCAGUACAAGCGCUUGUAUACUUUGUAGGCGUGGGUACACGAAACAGACCAUUCGAA